CCAAUGGGGGAGCUGCCCGCCCCUUGGAGGCCAGGGUGCUGGCAUAAAAGGCAUUGCUGACUAGAUGAAAGUCAUUACUGCCAAGGUGUGGAGGGCAGAGUGUUUUCUUUCUCUUCUAUUUUGGAGAUAGCUUGAAAAGAAACCGUCACUGGCUUUUCCUGCCACCAUGUCUUCCAUCAAGAUUGAAUGUAUUUUACGGGAGCACUGCAGGUGUGGGGAGUCUCCCAUUUGGGAAGAAGCAGCCAACUCUCUGAUGUUUGUAGACAUCCCAGCAAAGAAGCUUUGUCGAUGGGAUUCAGUCAGCAAGCAAGUGCACCGAAUGACUGUGGAUGCCCCCGUCAGUUCAGUGGCACUUCGACAGUCGGGAGGCUAUGUUGCCACCAUUGGAACCAAGUUCUGUGCUUUGAACUGGGAAGAUCAAUCAGUGUUUGUCCUAGCCAUGGUGGAUAAAGAUAAGAAAAACAAUCGAUUCAAUGACGGGAAGGUGGAUCCUGCUGGGAGAUACUUUGCUGGUACCAUGGCUGAGGAAAUAGCCCCAGCGGUUCUUGAGCGGCACCAAGGGUCCUUGUACUCCCUCUUUCCUGAUCACAAUGUGAAGAAAUACUUUGACCAAGUGGACAUCUCCAACGGUUUGGAUUGGUCCCUGGACCAUAAAAUUUUCUACUACAUUGACAGCCUGUCCUACUCUGUGGACGCCUUUGACUAUGACCUGCAAACAGGAGAGAUUUCCAACCGCAGAGCUGUUUACAAGAUGGAGAAAGAUGAACAAAUCCCAGAUGGAAUGUGCAUUGAUGCAGAGGGAAAGCUUUGGGUGGCCUGUUACAACGGAGGAAGAGUAAUUCGAGUAGAUCCUGAGACAGGGAAAAGGCUCCAAACUGUGAAGCUGCCCGUUGACAGAACAACUUCAUGCUGCUUCGGAGGGAAGGAUUACUCAGAAAUGUACGUGACCUGUGCCAGGGACGGGGUGGACGCCGAAGGCCUUUUGAGGCAGCCUGAUGCCGGUGGUAUUUUCAAGAUAACUGGUCUUGGGGUCAAAGGAAUUGCCCCAUAUUCCUAUGCAGGGUGAACUGCAGCUCUUCCUUGUUAUCAGAAGACAAAACGUUGAAGACAACUGGAGAAUUAAGGGAC